AGGGGAAGUCCAGGCGAGAAGGGGCCCCGCGCGGAGUUGCCUCACGGGGGGUGGGGGGGUGUGGACAGGAGACCCGGGGAGACCCACGGGAACCCAGCGGGCCGUGUAGACGCCCAGGGGGGUCGAGCCGGUGUCGCGUUCUGCCCGCGUUGGGGGCAAUGGGAUCCUUAAAUCCCGAAGCGGCAGCCUUCAAUCCAUCACAUCCAACGCAAUGGGGUAUCCAGUACUCUGACAGCAGCAGAGCAUGCCCCCCUCCUGCAGGAGCUCAGAAAAAUUCCGACACAGCUCGUCACAACAAAUCUCGCACGUUUGAUGGAGAUUUGGACAACGCAAGAGUUGCUGAAAAGCACAUUGGGAGUCAAAUCAAUAGUGCAUCUGGUCAUGUGGAUCAACCUUUGCCAAGUGACAACGACGCUGAUGUCAGACCCCACUUUGAUGGUCCACGACGGCCCUUUCCUAGGCGAGAGCUGUACAGGGGCCGCACACAAGAUUCCUAUUCUAGAGGAGGCCACGCUGCCGAUGGGUUUCCCAGAAGGGAGGCAAACCGUGAUACAGACACCUUCGUUCAACAAGAAAGUAAAAGCAGUUUGAACCCCACAGAAAAUAAACAGGGUGCUCAAAAUGCUCGCAGGAAUAGAAAGCAAUAUGGUGAUCCUUUGUCCGAUGGGGGAAAAGCCCGUGGAAAUUAUGAAGUUGGUGGCAUUACGGGCAGAACACAACACCAAAGUUUAAAUUAUAAUUCUGGCCAAACGGCAGUAGUCGGUGCACAGAGCAGCACAGACCACAAGGGGGAAGUUGCAGGUGAAAGCUACAGUCGGGGUGCCUCAUGUGAGAAGGCUGCAGGAGAUACUGGUACAGGAAGUGGAACAAGGCCAAAAUAUCAUGAUAAGUAUAGCGGCAGAUCUAGAGUAAACAGGGGAAUGUCAGGCCCCGAAGUAGGCAAGGUUUUUAAUUUGGAACAGAAGGAGGAAAAACCUCAGUAUUCCAAGAAAACCAAGUCAAAGAUGUACGAGUCAGAGCAGAGAGUACAUGAAACAGAAGGUAAUACACAUCAGCAAGGAAAUUAUUACAACAGAUCUGAAAAGAAAUAUGAAAGGGACUUUAAAGGAGGUAAAGGUUCCUCUGAAGCAAAUUGGAGAAGCAACAGAAAACCUGAAGAUGAAAGUGAAAGCAUCGCCCAUGGUGUAAAGAGAGCUGAUGAAACAAAGAAUAAUUUAAAAUUAGAAACUUCCAUAAAACCUUUGGAUAAUGCCAACAAAGCUGAAUCAAUUGAAAUUAAUCAACCCUCUAGAGAGCAUGGUAAAGAUUUAGUGCAUAAAAGAAGCAAUUACCCUGUAGAGAGCAUUCAGAAAAAAUCAGAUGUUGAGAAAAAAUCUGGGAAAUCCAAAAAACCAGGACCUGAAGUGUAUAAGUCAAAAGAGACCCACACAGGUUUGCUAAUCGAGCAGCUGAUGGCCAGCACAUACGAGUGUAUGGUGUGUUGUGAGAGGAUACGUGGCCACUCAGCUGUGUGGAGUUGCCAGAACUGCUACCAUCUCUUCCACUUACCCUGCGUCAAUAAGUGGGCACGUUCACCCACUGCCAAAGUUGAAGAUGGGAGCGAUGGUUGGCGAUGCCCAGCCUGUCAGAAUGUUACCGACAAGGUUCCAUCAAACUACCGCUGUUUCUGUGGAAAAGUUCUCAACCCUGAAUGGAAUCGGACGGAUAUCCCUCACAGCUGCGGAGAGAUGUGUGCGAAACACAGGCAGGGCAGCGACUGCCUUCACCCUUGCAACAUCCUUUGUCAUCCUGGCCCAUGUCCAUCAUGCCCUGCCUUUCUCACCAAAAAAUGUGAAUGUGGCCGAAGCAGCCAGUCUGUGCGUUGUGGUCAGUCGACCGUAGUGCGAUGUUCCGAAGUUUGUGACAACUUGCUGAACUGUGGGAAGCACACCUGUGCUCUGAUCUGUCAUCCAGGAAACUGUGAAUCAUGCCCCAUUAAGCUGGUACAAGUGUGUCACUGUGGAGCUACCAAAAGAGAAGUGCCCUGUGGGGGAGAACUUAAAGAGUUCUCUUGCGAGAAGCCGUGCAACCGAUCUCUGGCUUGCGGAAACCAUUGCUGCCAGGAGUUGUGCCACCCAGGCGUUUGCCGGCUCUGCCCCCUGCUGCCUGGGGAGGCCGGGAGCUGUCCCUGUGGACAGACAUCAUUGGAGAAGCUUCUCGACCUGGGCAGCCCAGAGCGCAAGAGCUGCACAGACCCCCUGCCCACUUGCACCAAUGUGUGCGGGAAGCCCCUGCCGUGUGGCUCAGAUGAUCUGGUUCAUACCUGCCCGGCUAUAUGCCACGAAGGGCCCUGUGCACCAUGCACAGGUGUGUCGACCAUUGUUUGUCGAUGUGGAUGCAAAACUAAGGAGGUACCCUGUGUGGAGGUUCAAGAAAGUGAAGGGCUGAGCUUCAUUUGCGACAGGCGGUGCAACAAGAAGAGAAAGUGUGGCCGACACAAGUGCAACCAAGUGUGCUGCGUGCAGGAUCCCGAGCACGCGUGUCCUCUGAUAUGUGGUCGCACGCUGUCGUGCAAGCUGCACAAGUGCGAGGAGCCCUGCCAUCGCAGCGACUGCCAGUCGUGCUGGCAGACAAGCUUUGAGGAGCUGAUGUGUUACUGCGGAGCUGAGGUGUUAUUCCCCCCAGUGUCAUGCGGCACAAAACCACCCGAGUGCAAGCAGCCUUGCUCCCGCCAGCAUGAUUGUGAUCAUCCAGUGUACCACACAUGCCACAGUGAUGACAAGUGUCCUCCGUGCACAUACCUGGUCGAGAGGUGGUGUCUUGGCAAGCAUGAGCUACGUCGUAAUAUCCCAUGCUACCUGCGGGAGAUUUCAUGUGGCUUGCCCUGCCAGAAGACUUUACCGUGCGGACAACACAAGUGUGCCAAGGCCUGCCACCGUGGAGAGUGUGUGCCCAGAGCCCUGGCAGAGCCGGAUGGAGAGCCUUCUGCCGUGUUGGGGUGCGGUCAGCCCUGCACGAUCCCUCGGUCAGGCUGUGCCCACCCUUGUGGCUCCGUAUGCCACCCUGGGCUGCCGUGCCCCAGGACCUCGUGCAAAGCCGAGGUGACACUGCUAUGCAGCUGCAGUCACAGGAAGGAGAAGCUUCCCUGCUCACAGUCCUCCUCCUCCUACCAGCGAAUUGCUACAAUAGCAUUGGUGAGCAAGCUCUCGGACAUGCAGAUGGGAGAGUGCACGGAGCUCGCCAAAUUGGUGACUGAGAAGGAGGCGCAGCAGUCCAGACUGGAAUGUACAGAAGAGUGUGCUGUGUUGGAGAGAAACAGACGGCUGGCAGAGGCCCUGAACAUUGAUCCAUCCACCAACCCCUUCAACAAAGCAGUUGCCAUGAAAUACUCUGACUUCUUGAAGGAAGAGGCCAGGAAAGAUUUGAAGUUUGUGCACGGAGUAGAAGACGAAAUACGCAAUCUGGUAGAAGCCACGAACAAGGGCAAACACGCACGUCGCAGCCACUGCUUUCCGCCCAUGAACCGUGACCACCGGCGCGUGAUUCACGAGCUGGCCGAGAGCUACGCGCUUGAGAGUCUGAGCUACGACAAUGAGCCCAAGCGCAACGUUGUCGUCACGGCCAUCAGGGGGAAGUCGUGCAACCCAAGCCCACCCCUGUGCGCCCUGAUAGAGAGGGAGCUGGGACCCAAGCCUCCUCCCCCGAUACCACACCACGCAAAUCGCCUUGACAAGCCGGCGUCGGAUGUCCCAGCAGUGGCGAAAGAUGAACCUACCAUCGACUACUUCGACAUGCAAGAAUGAGUCGUGAAAUCCCACCGUCUUCUCGGUUUUUGAAGCCGUCGUAUAUUUCUUUUGUGUACAUCAAUCUUGGACGUCAUAUUUGGUAGAGCAAACUCUCCUUGAUGAGUGCAUACACAACGUAACUUUUUAAAUUGAUAAAACGUUACAUGCCACCACAAUUUGUUCUCAUUGAAAAUACUUCAGAUUUUAGACUGGUUUAAAUAAUCAAAACUACAAAUGGGAGUAAAUGAUAAUUUAAAAUAUUCUAAUUAAUGUUGCAUAAGCAUACUUUUGAAUUUAAUUGAUGGGUGGUUGUAUGUGAUGAGAAUAAUUUCAAAGUCAGCGUUUACAUGCAUACGUUUGUUUGCAUUUUCUGGACUGUAUGAUGCAAAAGCUUAAGGUGCAUUGCUGGACGUGACCCCUUGGACAUGACUGAGGUCGACUUAAAAGAUGGUAAACGGUUAGGGUUGCUCAUUUACACAUUCCUCCCUGUAAGCACAUCAAUCAUAAAAGUCGAAACCAAUUCAGAUUGUGCUGUUGAGGAAAGAUGUUUGCAAAUUCAGCUUGCAUUUUUGGAAUUUAGAGUGCUGCCUUUUGGAAUCUGUAUUAAACGUAGGUAUGCCUUUGUUUUGUAGCAUGCAUAACCGCCACUGAAUUAUUUUGCAGAAUUAACGAACGCUAUUUAGUUGUGGAUCUUCCCGAUUCAAAAAGUCCUAAAGUUUAGAACCUGCAGCACAAAAUUAACGAGGUUUGUCCUGUGGAAAUCAUAGUUGGCAAGGCUGACAGAUUUGGCGGUCAGUUGUGCAUGAUAAUUAAGUCAUCUUAUAGGCAACUGUAAACCUUUGGCUAAGCAUAAUAAUAGUUACACAAUGUGGGCAUUCAAAAUCAACUACUUAACAUACUAUGUUUUAAAAUGCUUUUUUAUUCAAUUGAGAGGACUUGCAGUGCACGUAUCAUAAUACAUUUGCAGAUAUUACUUAGUUCCAACUUAAACAAAUAAAGUACAAAUAAUGAUAUGCAUAACAUGGCUGUACAUUACAUGUAUGUUCAAUUUAAAAUGCUUGAUGCCUCAGAAGGCAUUGCGUAUGAACCAUUUUAAUGUUGGGUUCCUGACAAUUCAGAUGAAAUUGCUGUAUAAAAUGUGCAUCGGACCGCUGCAAAACUAGAUGUAAGAUCGCUUGUCAAGUGUUAAGAAGUAAGGUCUCAAAUGGCCUGAACUCUUUACAACCACAAACAAACCUUGACAUUUUAAUCAUUCACGGAGGCAUGUAUAGUUGAAAACUGCAUAAAAACUGCUUUUUUGCUGCACGUGAUCAAGAAAAUAAACAAUUUUGCAUUGUC